AUGCCUCCGUACGCAAAACGGAAACCAUCAACGGAUGAAGCAAACACGAGAUGCUGCAAGAGGCUGUCGGUGUUUGCGACUCUCUGCGGAGUCAUGUCGUUAUUAAUUCACACGUAUCAAUUUAUAGAAAACGAUGAAUUUAAGGAAAAACUUAAUUUAGAAAGUAGUGCAAUCAAUAACAUUUUAAAAGCAACAGUAGAAGAGAGGAUUGAAGCGUAUAUUUCAGAAAUGACGGUCGCAACUUCACAUAGACUGAAGAGAGAAGCAAUGCUGAAAGCUUCAGUUGUUCAAGACGAAAACACAGUAGCGCCGCAUGUCGAAUUCUUCAACCCGAAAAUGCGAGGAGAACUCGAGGAAAAAGAUGCUGCGGAGAUGAAGCGUACGGGCGCUAAAGGGCCCGCACCCGGAGGAGACUCGUGGGUAUGGCUGACCAGCUACUCCAGAGUUCCUUACAAAGUUGUGCAAGGCUUCUGCAAAGCCACACAGGAUUAUUGCCCUCCAGGUGUACCGGGUCCUAAAGGGCCUAUCGGGAACAGGGGACCAGUGGGGCCGCCCGGUAUAAAAGGUGAACGUGGUUUUCCUGGCAAUCCUGGACUGGAUGGGAGAGAUGGAGUGCCGGGCGAGCCAGGCCUCGAUGGAUUAUCAGGCAGGAACGGAGCCGAUGGAGCGCCCGGAAGGGACGGUCGGGACGGUAUGCCAGGGAAAGACGGCAGUCCUGGGAAAAAUGGAAAGGACGGUAAAGAUGGUAAGCCUGGCGCUCCUGGUCCUUCAGGUGUCCGUGGCCCGAAAGGUGACCGAGGGCCCAUUGGACCGAAGGGGCAACGUGGCAAUGACGGACGUGAUGGUGCUCCCGGUCGACCUGGCCUCUCUAUUUACAAUUAUACUAAGGAAAAGGAGCUGUUUAUUCCUCCCACAUUCGCAAUGGACCACACUAGUGUGACAGCUCGAGAAGGAGAUACACUACGAAUAAGCUGCAAUCCCAUGGGACGCCCCGAUCCAACAAUCGAAUGGCGCAGAGUUGACGGCAAUGCUAUUAUACAGGGUCCGUGGCGUGAUGCGACCGUCAGCGGUCAUCUCCUGAACAUCCCCAAUGUGUCGCGAUGGCAUACAGGAAAAUACGUGUGCAUAGCAAACAACGGGAUGUUACCGUCCGCUAAUCAGACUGUAGACGUCGAAAUAAACUUCAGUCCAUACAUCCGUGUGCCGAACAACGUAGUCUACGUAUUUAACAAGACAGGAAGAAUAGAAUGUGAGGUCCAGGCAUGGCCGGAGCCAGUACUUGCCUGGGAAGUAGACGGAGUGACUAUCGAAGGACCCAGAUAUAGGACUGAGGCGGUAAGCACUGGUGACCCCUGGCGGUGGAUAAUGCGACUAGAAAUACCUGGAAUUAGGGAACACGAUUUGAAGCAGUACAGUUGUGUGGCGAAGAAUGAACUCAAUAACCAAACUGUUAAGGGACAUAUUCGUUUAAUGUAUCCAGGUCCUAACCAGCAAACCUUGGUCGAACAACCGAUGGAGUACGGAUCACGACCGCCACCGUUUACUUCAUACGAGGAGUUGUGCAAGGUGCAGCGCUGCCCUACAUGCCCACGGUGUGAUCGCGCCCAACUGCUCAUAUCAACAAUGAACUCCACAGCUGGUUUUAAGCCUAGAAGAAACACAAACUGCCAACUUUACGCCAUAGGCAAGCCAGUGUACCAUCGCUACAAAGAUGAGUUGUUUGGAGCCUGGUUAAGAGAUUCUAACGCGACUGAGUUACAGAAAGAGAAAUUUUGGACAACGCAAGAGAGCGACGUGGAGAGGCUCCGAGAAUACAGGACCAAAGUCAGUUUUAAAGCUGACCACGUCGACGAAUACCACAAGCUGCAGAAACCGUUCUUUGGCAAUGGACACAUAGUGUACAGCGGGUCGUUCUUCUACCAAGCGAACGAGUCGGGCCACCCGGGAGACAUCAUACGCUACGACCUGACGCAGAGCCGCAUCAAGUCAGUUCACCUGCCUCACGCUGAUGGAAGAUUGUACAGCGCCCAACACAACCAGGUGGAUUUUAGCGCCGAUGACAACGGACUAUGGGCAAUCUAUUCCAUAGAAGAAUCCAACAACACGGCGGUUGCUAAGCUCAACUUCGACCCCAAUAAAGAUGACCUGAACAUUGACUAUAUUUGGAACAUAUCCUUAAAUCACAAACAAAUGGGUGAGAUGUUUAUAGUUUGCGGGGUGCUGUAUGCGCUGGACUCCGCCACGGACAGGGAGAGCAAGGUGUCAGUGGCCAUUGACCUCUACCUCAGCAAGCCAUUGGAAGUGUCCCUACAGUUCACCAACCCGUUUCGGAAAACAACGCAGCUAGGAUAUGACCACAUACACAAGGAGCUGUACUCUUGGGAUCGGGGAAAUCAACUCACUUAUCCAGUCCGGUAUAAUGAAAUGCCCGGACCUUAG